CGGAAGUAAACUGAAUCAAGAUGGCGGAUCUAUUGUGGAGUUGCAGAGGUGAUUUAGCUGUUGCGUGCGAUACUGGGGUUAAAGUGUUGGGUGCAAGGUGAGAAAGAGACAAAACUAUGAAAUAAGAAUUAUGCACAGCCCCAAAAAUCUAUUAUUCAUGCAGAAUUUUCUUACCAUUUCACACAAUGGUUAUGGGCAUAAAGUCGAAACAUGUGAGCUUAUGCAUGACAAAAUAUCAAUGCAUGAGGCUGUGCAGAAAUCUUACCGACGACUGAAGUUUACGUUUAGAAAUAGUUUUGGGAUCAUUUGUAGCACACUGCUUACAGAGUAAACUGCUAAAUAGCAGGUGGUGACUCAGACCCAGUUAUGGCUUGAAGGCAUGGAGUAUGGCUUUAUGGUUUUGAGGCCACAUACACAAAACAAAGUUCCUUGAAACAACGACAACUGCUAUUUGAAGAAUAUCCCCCGGGCUAAAGAUCCAUUUUUUUCCUGAAAUUGUGGAGGAAAAGACAAUUUAAAAGUGCAAAGUUACAGUGAUAAAGGUAACUGGUAUGGUUUAAAGUUUGAAAUUAUUUUGAAUGAAUAAUAAUAAAACAAUAAUAAUUUAUUUUUGGACUUGGCUUUUGUGCAAUCUUAAGAACCCCACUCAAUAUGUAAUUCUUGAGAUCAUAAUUAGCCUCAUAUAACAAUCAAUUCACACCGAUAAUUCCUAGGUUAAUAUUGUCAUGCCAUGUCUGAAGUUAAAAUUGCAAAUAUUUUUAUACUGAAAUAGCCCCCCGCUCUUGCUAAACCAUGCAGCCAUGCUACUGACUAGACAAGUCCAGUAUAUCGAUUACAGAGCCUUUUACCAAAGUCAUUUGUGUUAUCAGUCCCUAAUUCUUUAGAGCAUUAUGGUACUAGUACUAUGGUAAUAUGUAUAGGUAAUAGCAUGAUUUGUAGUGAAAUGCCAAAUAUCACGUACAAAUCAUGCUAUUAAUUGUUUAUACUACUACCCACAAACGGUUUGUAAUUUUCGCAUGUAGGUAUUUCGAAUUAAGCUGAAAUACCACUGCUCUAAGCCAGUCAAAUUGCAGAAAUUUCUCAUGCAGUGUAUAAGACUAUGUUAUUAUCUCUUUUUCUAUUAACUUUAUUUCAGUGAUGGCAGUUGCAAGUUUUCACAUGCUGUUACCAAUAAGCCACAGGAGAUACAACCAGGACAAGAAUUUGAUACCAGUACACUGGGACAUGGUGUUUUGUGCUGUUUUUCAAACUCUGGAAAAUUGUUUGCCCUUUGUACUCCCCAAAAAGAGUUGUUAAUAUGGCACACAAAUGACUGGAAAUUAUUGAGUAAAAGGUAAUUUAAGCCAUUGCCGGCUGCUGAUUGCAGAUGUUUUACCAACAUUGACAGCAAAGAAAGGAAAGAUGAAUUUAAAAAGAUAGCAGAAGAAAUUUUUAGCUUGCUGGGAAAAAUUUUUUGUCGCUUUAGGAAGGUAGCUGAAUAUUAUAUUGGCAAAUUCUCAAUUUUGCAAGUGUUAGCUCAACUAUAUUUUCCAUUUCACCCCAUGCUCUUCUGUGUCUUAUUAACAUCUGCCUCUUGACUUAUUAACAAAUCGACAACAAUUUUCCAUGGUCUGUCUCUUAUUGAGCUUAGAAAUGACAUCAAAAUGUUCAAAACUAGAGUCAAACUACUCGCCUGCAGCUCUUGGUAUACUGCAUAUACUGCAAACUUUUGACAUUUUGAUGUCAUUUUUAUGGUCAAUAGGAUUUACAGACCAUGGAAAAUUGUCGACUUGCUUUUUACAUUACUAGAUAUUGACAGUUUUGACAUUCAUUUCUGUUGAAGUUUCUUGGAAAAUUGUGCGCGUAAGAAAAAGAAAAACAAAAUUACGUCACCAUCACUUCAUAGAAAUUUUCUAUGGUGUGUACUCUUAUUGAGUAUGGUCAAAAAGGAAAGGAAACAAUGCAUGCAGGAUUAAUGUCUAUCAACUGGUUGCUGUAAAGAACCAUUUUGUUGCAUGUGUGUAGAUAUUGUCACUUUGGUUUAACUGGCUCAAGUACAUUGUAAGUGAACAGUUAACCUUAGAAGGGACCAUGAAUUUUAAUUUCCAAAAACACAUCUGCUUAUAUGCCAUAAAAUUGUAAUAAUUAAGUAUAGUUUUAGGAUCUUUUAGAAAGGAAACUAAUUUUUGACUGUACAUGUAGUAAUGUUUUGGUUAAUUAAGUUACAGUGUACAUUUUUAUCUCUUAAAUUUAUUUUGGGGCAUUUGAUGGUUUUGAAUAUUAUUAUGAUGUAUGUCUGGUUAAUUUUACUUACCACCAUAUCUGAUUCGUCUAACUCCUGUGUACUUAGAAAAAACAUUUUUGUUCAAACCAUUUUCCAGAAGGGUUUUUUUUAACCUUUUUUCAGAGAAGUUGUGAGACGUACCACCGUUAUAUUAUUCACCAACGAAGAGGAUUAUAUCAUAGCUGGUAAUAAAGGUGGUGAAGUUUACAGGUUUGUGGAACAAUAUAUACAAUUAUGUCAGAUCCUGAGGGAAACAGUUAGGUUUGUUUUCCUGAGAAUGUGCUUGUGAUCAUGUGCUGUAAUGUACGUAGCCCGAGCAGGGGACAUUGCUUAAUGUAUCAUGAUCGGGAUACAUUUGAUUUUAAUCAAGGCCACGUGACCAAGAAUCAAUCAAUGGCAGUCCCUGUUUAGUUGAGUGAAAGUCUAGCUAGGGAUAUAACAAAGCAAUUUAUUUAAUACAAUAAUAAUUUGAACCAGUACAUAUAAUUACGGAAAUAUAACAAUUACUGGUCAACAAGGAGAGGUUCUGCCCACUACAUGUAGAUACAUAUUACAUACAUGUAUUCAUGAAAAUCAGCCCUCAUAAACAUGACAAACACAACAGUUUGGGCAAAUAUGUUUACUGAACAUGACAUGGACCAAUUAAGAAUUGAAACACACAUGAUAGAGUAGAACCCAUGGAGGGAGGGAAGGAAGGGUGAGAGCUUAUGUCUCCACUCUGCAUCUUUGAACAAAGAUGAUGUGCAAGAGCUAAGCACUCCCUUUCUGGAACAAUAAUACCAAUAUCUAACUUAACUAGUUAAUUAAUUAUCAUUAAUGAUUGAUGUCUCCCUCACUCGUGAAUUUACAGAGUAGCAUUUCUGCUGAUUUCUUUGAGUAGGUUACAUAUAUGUAACUCACACACUGACAUCACCUACAUGUUGUAUUAAUAUUUAUUUUCCUACAAAGGUUUUCCAUACUCAAUAGUGAGCAAGACAAAGAGCUUCUCUUAGGUCAUGUCUCCAUGAUUUUAGACAUGGUAUGAAAUAUUUUUUUAAUUUUUUAGUAGUAAUAUGCAUUGUGUAGUUCCAAAAAAUACCCAUUCCCCCCAUAGAGGGCAAUGGAAAUUCUGAGGGGAGGGGGGUUCUAUUAUUUUACUGUCAACGGUCUUUUGAAAUAAGAAUAAUUAUUGUUUUCAUUGGUGAUAUUUUAUUAACGGUCACCAGAUUUUUUUUUUGACAAGCACUUCCAGGAAUGGAAAUUCCAGGGGGGUGGAUAUUUUCUGGAACUACACAUACUGUAUUGUUUUGUAAUCUAGUCUGCAUGCCCUGACAUCCCUUGUUUCCUUUGUUGCACACCAUAAAAGGGAUAUGCAACAAAGGAAAUGAAACAUCUGCAUGCAGGCUAUUUUAAAAGAACAUUUUCCAUCUUUUGAAACAGGUUAUUACAAAAGAUGACAAGUUUUUAAUCACAUCUGACAGAGAUGAGAAGAUACGUGUGAGCUGUUAUCCAAACUGUUACAACAUCCGCUCAUUUUGCCUUGGAAGUCUGGAGUAAGUACAUGUAUGUAGAUGGCUAAAUGACAACUGAAGAUUAACUAAAUAAUAUAAUUUUGUAAUGGUAAUAGGACUGAGUGGAGUCCAUUUCGGUCUGUAAUCAAAGGAGUGAUUAACAAAUAUCGGAUUACUGUGUAGCCAAGUCUGAUUUGUUUUAUCACUUGUUUGAUUACAGACCAAAUUGAAUGACACAAAGUUCUGUUACCCAUUAAUCAUAACUAUAAUAAUAUUUUGAUAUUUUGAGCUUUUCUAAAAUUAAAACACAGGAUAUUUCAAGAGUUUAUUCGCUUGCAUGCGCGAUGGUGUAUACUGUCCAAUUACGUAGGCAAGAUGCAUACUGUCCUAUUGCACUUUCCUAUUAGUACUGAAAUCAGGGCAGUUGAUAGCCAAUCAGAUUUGAAUUUGUUAUAGUUAUGAUUAACAGUAUAAUUCGAUGCACUGCAUAGGAAUGCAUUCAGUGCUGAUCAUUGUAUUAUUUUCUUGCGUUAUGGUUUGCUAGAGAGUAUGCCUAAAGAGUAGGAUUGCAUAGUAAUGUACAACUGAUUUUGCUUUGCAGUUUUGUAAGCUGUUUAACUCUUCUACCGGCGGGAAAUGAAGACAUACUGAUAUCUGGGGGAGGGGUAAGUAAAUUAGUUAGUGACAAUAACUAAUUGCAUUGCCUGUUACUGUCCAGGUUUGAUUUUUGUUUUUCUAACAAUUAUGUGGCUCAGGAUCAAUUUUCCUCUCUUGGGGAUUUGUUGUUCUCUAAACUUUGCAAUGAAGUGUGAAAAUCUCUUCGUGAGAAAAAAAAUUGAGAAGGGAAAAGGGUGUUGGCUGUACUUUUUUCAAUGUGGGGAGGGUACAGUUGAGAAACAAAUCUGUGUUUAAAAUGGUGUUAUUGCUAAGCUUGUAAACAAGUUGGUGAAGGAAACAGGGGCCAAAAGGCUGUGGGAUUUUAAAAAAACUCAUUCAUCAUUAGUUUUGUUCAUCCAUUAUUUUCCUCAUGAAUUCUUGGUGAUUUUUUAUGGAUCUUUAUGAUUACAAGGAUGGGUUUGUGAGGUUCUGGAACCCUAAAUCAGGCGAGGAAAUUACAUCAAUGAUGACUGAUGACAGAGUGGAGAAUGACAAGGAAGAAAAUCUGAAGGUAUCUGAAUAAUUUACAUACCAGCAAUAAUUAUAAUUAUGCAUUAAAUUCUUAUAUUGAAAAGUGGAAACAGGAUAAGAUAAGUGUAAGAAACCAUUUUAUUUCAUCAUCCUAAAAGUGCCUAUGACACCGGAAGUAAUACUAACAAUUUUUUUUUUCAGGAGAGUUUAUUAAAUUGCCCAGCUGUAUCUCAUCUUGCUUGCUGUCACAAAAAUUCUGUGGUGUGUGCUGUUAAAGAAAGGUGAGUUUUCAUCGUCUGAAGUGAUGUGUGCUUUGUUUAAUAUUGAUUUAGAGGAGGAUUCCUUAGGUUAAUGCCUGGUACUUUCUUGGUUAGCGUUUCUUUUGAGUUCCAACUGAAGUCCUGUUUAUUCUUCAUUGGGAGAUCUGACAUCUGGUAAAAAAGCCAAAGAAAAUGUACAUAAUGAUGAAUCCCAGCUUAAAGUGCCCAUCACCUAAAAUGUUUUAUUUUCUUAUCUGAAACUAUAACUUAUUAAAAUAGCUUCCGUGAAAAAAUUUUGCAGUUUGAACAAAACGCGAUCUUUUUACCAGUUUUUGAAGUGUACAUUUUUGUGGUACACCCACGACGCUGGUCACGCAAACUAGCAGGCUCACAUAUGACGUCAACGUAAAUUAAACCUUGCCUUCACCAGCUGUACACUAAAAAGAUCAAUUACAAGUAAGGAUUGAAUCACAAUGUCUUCGCAAGAACAACGUUUUUUUGAAACAGAAAAACCUACCAGAACUCUUAAUGUUUUCCUGUCGAUAAAGUCACUUGUUCCUUAAAGUACGUCAUAUGACAUCAUACUCUGAGAGAAGACUAAGACGAAUGGUGUGCCAAAAUGGCGGCAAAUUUGGACGUUUUGAAAAAAUUCUAAAAAAAUCGUCUUUUGUUCAAAUUGCAAAUUUUUUUAGCAGAAGUUAUUUUAAUAAGGUGUAUUUUCAGAUAACAAAAUAUAAAAUUUUAUGCUAUGGGCACUUUAAAUAAAAUGGCCAUAAUUGCGUGGGCCUAAAAAGGUGACCUUACUGGGGAAUGAAUGAAACAUUUUUAUUUAUUUUUUCUUAUUUUAUUGUUGUAUAGGUGCCAAACUCUUUGUUUGUAUCACACAAGUGUAAAGGAGGUAACUUCCCUUCCCUCCUUACAGACCAGUGUUCCCCCCUGGAGUGUAGCAUUUGAUCCUGAAGGAAGACUUUGGUGCGUUCAGCCCCACCCUGAGGAGCCUGUUUUGGUCUUUGAACCCAGAGGAGCUCUACCAAACCUAACGGUAUGCAAAGUUACUUUACUCGCAGUGUGGAAUGAAGCAGUGUGCAGAGACAGUAUUAUCUGAUAGCCUGGGGCUAGGGAAUUCUGUCCUUAACUUGGGGCCACUACGGCCACUAGUUCAUCAGUUUUUACUGUCGUGUGCUACCUUCAUCAAAUAAAGUUGUUGCUUACUUACUUACGUACCUGCCCGAUGGGCAAGUGAAUUUUUUUGGGGGGGAAUUCAAAUUACACUGAAAUUACUCAAGACCUGUAAUUAAUGCUUAUCAAAAUGCUUUGGGUCUGGUGUAGGCUAGUCUAUCUGUCGCUUUUCAGGAAAUAACUUCACAUGCGCUUCUCCCCCAAACAGUCUCUUAUUGUUGAGUGCAAGUUCUAUAUUUUAAUCUCUUUGCUAAUUCCUGUUUCGUAGGUAUCAUUUUAAAAAAAUCCUCUACUUUUGUUCAUGAUUUACAAAUGAUGAAUCCAUUCCUUUUUUAUUUGUCCAAUGUACUGCAUUGCCGGCCUGUUUAUAUGAGGCCAACCUCAUAUAAACAGGUUACAGGUGGCACCGUACAAUGACCAUAAGGAUGUAAUACUCUGGUAUGCAACCGAUUACCUGCAGGCUUUUUUAUUUCUAUUAUUUUAUUACUAUUUUAUUAUUAUUAUUAUUAUUAUUAUUAUUAAUAUUAUCCAAUCCAUUCAGCUCUGAGCUCUGGCUGUUCUCAUGCCGACAUACAUCCCAAGGGAGCGAGUCAUAAGAAAUAACCAGUGGUCUCCUGGGGGCACUCUCCUGGUACUUAGAAGUCAAGCACCUUCCUUAAAAUUCUGGCCGUUCCUGAUAGCAUAGUUUUUCAUAAUCCCCAGUUUUUCAAUCCAUUUUCCAAGUUUCUUGGCAACACUUCCAAGGGCCCCUACAACAACCGGCAUUACAUCCACGUUUUUUGUGUCCCACAUUCUUCUAAUCUCCAAUUUCAAAUCCUGAUAUUUUUCGAUUUUUUUCUAACUCCUUUUCAUGUAUCCUACUAUCUCCACAAUUAUUGAGGCCCCUGCCAGCUGGGGGUCCCAUGUCGCCUGUCUGAAUUUUAAAACGUCUCGUGUCGGUGUUUAUAAAUGCUUGUCGCUUAUUGUCGGCUUUGCCGUCACUGUCGCAAUUUGGCCGAGGGAGGUUGUCUCUUGUUGCGAUUUCAUUUUACGCACUGUCACUACUUUUUGGGCCAUGUCGCUUGUCGGAAUUUACCCUGGCAGGGCCAUAUUAUUCAUUUGUUUUCCAUCUUGCUCACUACGAUGAUGUCAGGUCUCCUUGCUUCAACAACGUUAUUACAUUGGAUGUUCAUAUCCCAAAGUAGCUUUACUUCACCAUUCUCCCAGAACACCUUCUUCUACAUGUUCAUACCACUUUUCCUUUCUUUCAAGCUGGUGUAACUCACACAACUUCCAAUGUAUAAUCCUCGCCACAUUAUCACGUCGUCUUUUAUAUUCCUUCUGGGCCAACUUUUUACACUCACUUACUAGAUGGCACACACUCUCACCCUUUUCGCACAUUCUAAAUUUAACGAAGACUUAGCAGUCCGAUCAAUGUGAUGUUUCACGUAAGUAGUCCUGAGAGCCUGUUCCUUUGCUGCACAGAUAAGGCCUUCCGUUUGAACCUUCAAGUCAGAUGAUCUAAGCCAACUCCGAGUCUGUUCUGCAUCUGUAGUUUCCGGCAUAUGCCUCAGGAAUUGUCCCUACAUUGGUUUAUCCUUCCAUUUCCUUCAAUCCGCUUUAGUCCAACUAAAGUCUAAACUCCAUUUUGCUGACAGUUUCUUUAGUUUCAUUGACACCAACAGUUUUUGCACCUAUUAACAAUUGUUCCGUUGCAUUGUCAAAGUAUCACCCCAAGUUGUUUUUCUCGCUACUUAUACAACUCUCACAACUAAUCAGACCACGCCCACCUUUCAUUCUCGGAACAUACAAUCUAUCGACAUCUCCUUUUCGGUGCAGUGCACCGCUCAUUGUCAUUAUUUUUUUGUUCAUUAUUUUAUUAUUGUUUUCUUUUUCUUCUUUCGCUGUUUGUACUGUCCAGGGCUCCGAGAAGCAACCAGUUUCCUUGGGAGCGGCUGGGGGGGGGGGGGGGGGGUGUUAUUAUUUAAUUGGUAGACAGCACUUUUCGUAAAAUAUGGGCUGUAUCCAAAAGGCUGAUCUUUUGGAGUUCCUCGAUAUUGAUGUUUCCUGGAAGUUUUUCCACGUACUUUCCCAGGCCGUUUUUAACUGGUCCAAGUGCUCCAAUAACUACAGACACAGUUUCUGUUUUAAGUCCCCAUAUCGUUGAGAUUUCAAUCCCUAAGUCCUUAUACUUUGAUAGCUUUUCAAUCAUUUUCACAGAUGUAUAUUAUUAUUAUUAUUAUUAUUGUUAUUAUUACUGUAUUAUUAUGUAUCAUUAUUAUUAUCAUUAUUAUUAUUUUCACUGAACAACUAAUACUUCGGGAGAUAGGAAAUUACGGUUUGUAUAUUUAUAACCUACACGUAGGCCGUGUUAGGAGCUAAGUGCGGGGCUUAUUCGGGGUGGCGCUCUUUCGAGUAAAUACAGUAUGUGAUAGCCGCUUUGUUUCGUUCUUGCAGUAUGUGAAACUUUCGUCCGAUUUCUCCCCUGUUUUGUUGUCAGCUAGUGAUUGGAACUUUCUGAAAGGUAAGUUCUGGCUUGUGUAUAUUUUCCAAACGUGAAAUAGCGGACGGUCGACUAUUUUCGUGGAGGUGGGGGACCCCAGGUAGGUGAGGUAAAAUAUGGCGGGUCACCCCACCAAUCAUGUAAACGUGAUCAAAUGAAAAUGAGAGAUUAUAUGGACAAACGGGUUACCCCACCUAAGCGGGUCACCUCAGCUACCUGAGGUCGCCCACCUCCAUGUAAACAGGCCCUAAGCAAGGGCGACAACGAAGGGGGUGAAAACGUCUCUUAAAACACUAUUUUAGACAUUUCUGACGUAGUUGGAAACAUUCGGCUGUUGGGUGCCUCUGUAAUAUCCAACAACCUGUAAGUUACUUUUGAGAUUUUCCGUAAGUUCGCUUCCCCUUUCAGAGUACGACACUGGAUAGAUGUAAAUUUCCGUUAAUCUUGGACCUUGAUCUUUAUCCUGCCUUUUCCCACAGGUUGUGUAGAUAAGGAACGUAAAUUAGACACCCUAAGAAAGAAAGAAGUGGACAAUAUCAGCGAGUACUUUGCGAGAAAAGAGGAUCGCAUUGGCAAGAAAAAAGGCAAGAGUGCGACUGAGGACAAUACACGCACGGAGUCACUACACACCGCUCACGAAGAAAUUGCUGAGAGUCAUGAAGCUAAAAGGCCAAGAUUAGAAACUUAACGUAAAUUGGUUACCUCAGACGCUCGGUUAAAACCAAUCGUUAAAAAAGAGUUGCAACUAUAGAACUUGUUUUGCGGUUUGCUUUUGAGCUCAGUUUACAUUUGUUUCGUCUUCCACCUCAUGGAUGAGAUGUUUUAUUCAGGGAAAAAAUUUGGAAUGUGUUGAUAAAUGUAGGCUUGAUAAGACGUUCGUCUGUUUCUUCUUAUGGCUACCAUCGGCCUGGCGACAAGAUUGUUGGGUACACUAGACGUGUCAUCAAAUAGAGACUUCUCUGAAGAAAUUAUAAAGAUACUGGACAAUACCAACACAAAAACACAAUAUACUAUCCAUCAAAAGAUUCUACAACAUCAAGAACCACACAAAGUAAUAUAUAGAGUUAGCCCAGGCUAAAGGCGAGGCUCCUGUUAAUGAAAAAAACAUUACAAUAAAGAAAUCCAAUUAGAUUUGAGCCUGCCAUCAGUUGAAAACAAGAAACUUGUCAGCGGUACACUUAAAAAAAUACGUAUCCUGCUGGUAAGCGGAUACCCUGUUUUGACAGCUGUUGCUUGACCAGAACAUGAAUGUGCAAUAUCAAAUUGCAGGCUCCCACACUAGCUAAAAAGUGUGACAUUUCACUUUAGUUUCCCUGUGGCGCGGUCGGGUGGGUGGACGUACGGGCACAUGACUACCAAAUUUUCUUUGAUGGAUAGGUUAGGUAACCAAAUUUUCUUAGGUAUGGAACUCCGCUCGUGCGCGCUUCGCGCGCGUGGCACUCCGCUAUGACACCACAGAUGCGCAACCUCGACCCCAAACCUUUUCCAUUAGAGAAUGGGAAAAGUCCUGGGUACAAGGUUGCACAG